AUGCUAAACCGGCUUCAGUCAGACGUUGCAAGGACCUCAUCCCUCAAACGACGUGGCGCCUUUCCUUCCCUUCGCUCUCGGGCCAUACAUAUCCCAAGUAAAACCUCUUCCUAUAGCUCUACAAACGACGAGUCCCAAGCCCAAGACUUCACAAACACAACUGAUGAGGUACAUUUAGUGAAUUAUCCAGCCCCAAGGAAUAUUAGCAGGAGGCUGCUGGCUCUUGGAUUGGGCGGCGGUUGUGGCAUGGGGACUACCAAUUCCGUUUUGGGAGAUCGCCAAAUUGAGGUGGGAGAAUCUUACGAUUCGCUAAUACUUUUCAAGAUAUCAAUCACCAAAUUUAUACCUUCCUUAUGGUUGUCGCAUUUACAUACUCAUCAUAACUUCCGUUUCAUAGAUCGUAGCAUUAUACCAAAACUCCUGGAUUCGAAAAUCAUGCAUCUGCAGGCAUUUCUCAAGGAGAUGACUGCGUCUAAUAAACUCAACACAACUGCCACAUCCCCUAUAGCUGUUAUUCCCUCUCACUUCGACAUUACCAAUCCCCUAAAACAACAUUUAAUUCCCGAAUCCUCGCUAAAAUUGAUAAUCUCAACUUCAACCUCAGCCCACCGCCACCGUCCCACUUUCCCAGGUGGUCCCUGUACAAUCUCCUGUCUCUCUUACACUCUUACACUGCCUCAUACACGUCUCUCCCAACAUAACAUUAUCCGCCAAGUAAUGCAACACGAGCCGGACUGGUUCCCAACACGGACAAGCGGAUCUGGUUUGACGUCAAUGAUUAAUGUACCACAUAUUAUUAAUGGCGCAAUGUUUCGGUCGACAUCCCCUGAGGAGAGUUUCGUGUCGCCGUAUAGAAUGAUGGUGCCAGCUUCGAUUCGACGUUCUGUGGAUAGUUCACCAAACCUUUCUUCGCAUUCGCCGUCUCAUUCAACCACCUCAUACGCGCCCUCCCAGCUGAACGUGCUACAAAGGUCUUUGGUAGUGGAUGAAAGUAUGAUAUAUGGAGGAGAGACCGCUCAAGUUUGGGAAAGAAAUUUCUUUCAUGCGCCAGCGAAUGUCACUUUUCAGACUUUCCGUGUCUUAGUCAACAGACAUAUGCGUACGCGACAACAUUGCCCGGCUCUGCAAAAUUGGCUUAUUCGACAUUGUGACGUGACUAUGGUGAGUGAAAUAAUUGGAAAGUCGCCUAAGGAAUUACUCGCUAUCACAACAUGGAUUGCCGAAUAUGUGGUAAGUAUGCCGAAGCGAGGAAAAGCAUGGACCGGAAAUUGCCUCUAG